AUGCUGCGGAAACUCACCGAGGGCCAGAGCCGGGACUGGUUCACCGUCGGCGGGGCCGUCACCGCCGUCGAGCUCCUGGGCGAGGAGGCGCGGGUCGGCCGCCCUGGCGCUUCUCCCCGCCAUGCCGCACAGGAACCACUGACGGCUGCGGGGUGCAUUAACUUAAAAUUUGAUCAGUGGCAAGUGAUGAAUGAGAUUCACGAGUUCAUUGCUGUCGUGACCGAAGGAAGCAUACUGCCUAUCUCAGAGAACAUUGGAACUGAAUAUGCUAAAAAAUGCAGACAAGCAGAGGAACAAGAGCUGAAUGUAGCUGGAAAUUAUCAGCUUGUCUAUAAACCAGGUAUUUCAUUGUCUCAGUGUGAAUCAAGUGAUUCAAUUUCUGUACCAGUAAGUAAGUGUAAAUAUUUGGAUAUGCCUACAGCCAAACACCGGGAAAAGAUAGUGUCUCUCAUACAAAACAACUCAGUUGUGGUUGUGGAAGGAGCAACUGGCAGUGGAAAGAGCACCCAGAUUCCACAGUAUAUUUUGGAUUAUUGCAUGAGCCGCUCUAUGCCCUGCAACAUUGCUGUUACCCAGCCUCGCAAAAUCAGUGCCAGCAGCCUUGCCAGGUGGAUUAGCAAGGAAAGAUCAUGGACACUUGGGGGAUUUGUAGGAUACCAGUUAAGUUUAGAGAACGUUUCGACCAAGGAGACGAGGUUGCUGUUUAUGACAACUGGAGUUCUUCUUCAGAAGAUCGUUUCUGCCAGGAGCCUAACUCAGUUCACACACAUUUUCAUUGAUGAAGUGCAUGAGCGUACAGAAGAAAUUGAUUUUUUGCUCUUGGUGACCCGUAAACUGUUGUGUACAAAUUCACAGUCUGUAAAGAUAAUAUUGAUGUCUGCUUCCAUCAACUCCAAAGAAUUAGCUGAUUACUUUGCACUUCCAGUUCAUAAUGGUUUGAAUCCAGUCUGCAUAUUUAAGGUGGAAGGGAGACCUUUUGCAGUUGAAGAAUAUUAUCUUGAUGAUUUGAAGGACAUUUUUGAUUUACAGUUUCAUCGUCAGAGCCUUGGGCAGCCAGUGAUAGAACAGAAAAUGUAUCAGGUGGCAGUGUCUCUGAUUCAGUCAUUUGAUGAGCUGGAAAAGAGGAGCAGUGGGGAGAAAAAGACUUUCAGUCCAUUGGAACGUGGCAGUGUGCUUGUGUUUUUACCAGGCAAGUAUAGUCUUAGUAGCUUUCUUUUUUGUUAUUUGUCAUCUGGUGAGCUUCCUGCUGGCACUUCUUCCAGGGAUUUAUUAAACACCCUAGGUUUAGGUGAAAUAAGAUACAUGCACUCAUGCCUCUCAGAUAAAUAUCAAAGGUGGCAGGUGUACCCACUUCAUGCAUGUGCAACAUUGGAGGAACAAAGUAAAGUAUUUUCACCUACGGUUCCUGGCUAUAGAAAAGUUAUUCUAGCUACCAAUGUAGCUGAGAGCUCUGUAACAGUUCCUGAUGUUAAGUAUGUGAUAGAUUUCUGCUUGACUAAAAUUUUAUUUUGUGAUAAAGAAACUAAUUACCAAAGUUUGAGGCUUUGCUGGGCAUCUAAGACAAACUGUAAUCAAAGAAAAGGUCGUGCUGGACGUGUUUCCAAAGGCUAUUGUUACAGGCUCAUAUGCAAGGACUUUUGGGCAGACUGUAUUCCAGAGAAGUCAGAACCUGAGAUGCUGCAUUGCCCUUUAGGAUCUACAGUCUUAAAAUUAAAGAAGCUUGAUAUGGGGGAACCAAAAGCCUUGCUGGCAACAGCUCUUUCUCCACCCAGUGUAGGUGACAUUGAACGUACAAUAGUUCAGCUGAAAGAGCUUGGAGCACUUACAACCUCUGUGCAAACAGAAGAAGAUCUGCAUGAUGGUGAGCUGACUUUCUUAGGAACGGUAUUGACACAGUUGCCACUGGACCUGCAUCUUGGAAAAUUGAUAGUCCUUGGGCAUGUCUUUGGUUGCUUAGAGGAAUGCCUUAUUAUAGCUGCAGCGCUGUCUUCGCGGAAUUUCUUUGCAGUACCUUUCAAAAAGCAUGUUGAUGCAUACAGGAAAAAAAUGUUUUUUGCUGGGAAUAGUAGGAGUGACUGUAUUGCAAUUCUGAAUGCAUUUAGGGCAUGGCAGGCCUGCAAAGAAAAAGGGAAGCUGAGAAAUCCCAAGGAAGAGCUUGAGUGGGGUCGAUCUAAUUGUGUUCACAUAAACAAGAUCAAAGAGGUGGCAGAGUUAUUUCACAACUUGAAAAAGAGAGUCAGUGCAUUUAACAUGCAUGUUAAAGCUCAACCAUCCCUUAUGGACGAGGAAUAUGCGUGCAAACAACGCUUCAUCUUGCAGGUGGUAAUAGCUGGUGCUUUCUAUCCAAACUACUGUACUUUUGGAAAAUGUAAUGGUGAAAUUGCCAUGAAAGACCUUGCUGGCAAGGAUCCAAAAACCACUGUAAUGCUGAAGAACAUUCCUCCCUAUGGAUAUAUAUACCAUAAACAGUUGCAGUCACUGCUUAGACAGUGUGGGCAGGUAAAAUCUAUUUCCUACAAUGGAUCAAGGGCUUUUGUGGAGUUCUCCCGUAAUCCAAAGGAGGUUUUUAAGGUUCUUCCUGAAGUGUACCUGGCAGUCAAGAUGUCACAGCUGAAGAUUCCUUUUGAGCUGUGUGUUCAUCAUCCAGAGGAUAUCAGGAGACAAGUGGAAGGUGCAGCAGCUGCAGGUUUGGAAUUUCUAAGAGUAAAUGUGGAUUGUCAGAAGCAGACAGUGGAGCCUGUGAAAAUCUUAUUUGGUGAUUUACAAAUGUCAAAGAUGAUCCCAAGUCGCUUUCUGUCCAUCAGGGUAACAGAGGUAGUAGAAGUUGGACACUUCUGGGGUUACAGGACAGAUGAAAAAAACACAGCUGUACUCCGGGCUCUGAGUGCUGAAAUUGACUAUCAGAACCUGAUGGAUUUAUCUGUGCCUCCAUGUGUAGAUGUGCUUUGUCUGGCACCAUUCACUUAUCUGGGAAAGAAAGGAUACUACAGAGCUCAUGUUCUGUAUAUUCAUGGGGAUCUUGCUGAGGUUUUUUUUGUGGAUUAUGGCAAUAGAUCAGAAGUGCCUUUAAAGAAACUAAAAGAGAUUCCAAGGUGUCUUCAGGGGCUUCCUUUCCAGGCUUUAGAGUUCAAGAUCUGCAAGAUGUGUCCCUCUGCCAGAUCCCUGGUGUGUGGGGAGCCGUGGAGCUGCAGUGCCAGCCAGAGAUUUGCCUCCCUGGUCAGUGGCUGCACUCUGCUGGUGGAGGUUUAUUCCCUGGUGCACGGCGUCCUGCACGUGGACGUGUUCCGGCACUCGGGCCGCCGGGGCCUGGUGAACAUUCGGGAUGUGCUCAUCGAGGAGUGUCACGCUGAGCUGGCUGAGGAGUCACACGAGUCACAGCAAAGCCAUGAUUUGCUUAAGGAAUUAUUUUUGGGUGGAGCAAAGAAAGAAGAGCAAAUGCCCGUAUCUGCAAGACAGGAAGAAAAGCAUCUGAUUGAAAGAUUGUUGAACUGCUUUUCUGAAAAGAAAUCUGAUGCACCAACCCGUAAGGUAACAGUUUGUGGUCCCUUCAGUCCUUACCAGUUGAAAUGCUACAGUCUGACCAAAAUAUCCCAAUUCAGAAAUGUUUUCAUACAUAAGGAUAGCAUAAACUCCAUUGUUGUCCAUGAUGGUGCAGAAGAUCCCUUUCAGCAGCUCUUGGUUGCCACUGAUAUAUCAGUAACUGCAGCUGGGUGUGUGAUUUUAGGGGAAACAUCUCUGAUGCCUCCUAUUCAUGGCCUGCUUGCACUCCUCAGUAUGCUGUUUGCUCCUGCAAUAGAACUCAGAGUUGAUAAAAGUGGGAAGUAUUUUACUGGUGUUCUGUGUGGUUUGGGUUGGAGUCAGACAUCUGGGGCUCCACUGUUUCCAGCAAACGAUAUGGAGGUGACCUUUGAUGUACAUUUUGGACUGGAAGACAUAACAGAGAUAAACAGUCUGAGGACAGCCAUGAAUAAGCUGCUCUCUGAGCAGGCAUUGCAUUCUGGACAGGAGCAAGUGGCACAGCUGCAGGAGGAUAUUCGUCAGAAGCUUCUAUGUUUAAUCUGCAAAUCAAAGCCUCGAGACAUAAUUGAUCCUACCUGGUAUGAGAAGCCAUAUGCAUGGAAUCAGGUGGAUUCUCAGUGUGUUAUUGACGAGUCUGAAAAGCAGCAUGAAAGAGGAAAUCUUGUUUAUCAGCUCCACAAGCUUGUUUUGUUGAAUGAUUAAGUAUUUCUAGAAGUCUUUCAGAGGAAGGUAUUAUUAGUCUAAAAAUUAGUUCUGUCUUGUAUGCAUGUUUUGCAAGACUGUUCCUUAAGAUGAGUACAAGUGUACUGAAAUACAGUUUGGAAAAUGUUCCUGUGUUUCUGAAAAAGCUGAGGUUUGCUAGCCUAGAGCAGACAAGUUCAGUCAUAAAGGAAACUGAUGUAAAUCAGGAUGCAAUUUUCAUUUUAGUAGUACUUCUGAACAGGUUUAUCACAAGGUACCUGAAAGAAGAAGCAAAUCUAGGCUUAGUUGUUCAUUUUCUGUCUCAAAACUCAUAAAUUAAGGGCAUGACUUUUUUUUUUUGUCUGUAAUUGCAUUUUCCUGUUUUCUUUUUUAUUAGUUCUUAAAAAAAAUACGCAACAAAGGGAGUUGGGGUUUUCCUUCACCAAGAAAUAGAAGUCAGAAGAAACUGAUGAUUUAAAUUAUGUUCUGAUCCAAACUUUAUCUUCAUAUACUGGAUACAAUUUUUUUUGUUAAUUUUUUUGUGCCGCAAAACAUAACAUGAUUUAUAUUCCUGUAUGGCAGAAGAAUGCUUUUGAAUUACUGAUUCAUGGCUCUUUGUUUCAUCCUUUCAACUUACUUUUUCCUGGGAGAUCUUUAGCCCUAAAAUGAGGUCAGUGGUUUCAGAAUAAAUG